UCAGGUCAGUGUCACAUAAACAAAUUCGAAUCUGCCACAGCACGAGCUGUCGACUCUGAAAAUAUUCAAAAAUCAAAUAAAAAUAAAAAAAGUUCGCGUUUUUUUUUAUUCAACUUUUCUCGCCCUGAUUUUUCGACUAAGAAAAAUGUUCGACACAACGCUUGGCUGUCUGAUUGGCCUCUUGAUGCAGAUGUUCUGGCUGCUCGUCAGCCAGUCCUUCUGCCAGAUGGUGCAGCAUCCUUUGCUGACCAGCGUAAUGUGCCUGCUGCUGGGCCUCGUCCGUCAGGCGGAACAAAACGGACUGCGUGAGCGUUUCCAGGCGAUUCUGCAGUGCCUGAAGAUUUGGCUCAUACACUCGGAUUUCCCCACCAACUACUGUGGGUACGACUUGAUUGAUCCGCGAGAGGGCGGACUCGAAAGCGUGGAAGGGUCUGGCUUCCAGAGCCCCAUCAAUAUCGACGAAAUACAGCUGAACCGCCUGGCCAUCAGGGAGCUGCUCAACUGGAACCACUACGACGAUCUGCCGGAGAGCAUUCAGCUGGAGAACACUGGCCACACCCUGGUGUUGCGGGCUCAGUUCCACGGCAACACACCGACCAUCAGCGGGGCCGAUCUGCUCGCCAGCUACACCUUCGUGGAGGUGCGCUUCCAUUGGGGCUGGUGCAACAGCGAGGGCUCCGAGCACACCUUCAACCACCGCAAGUUCCCCAUGGAGAUGCAGGUGAUGCACCGUGCCGGCUCCGGACUGGCACGGUCUCGCACCAGCAGCUACGACCUCCUGACCAUCGCCUACUUGUUUGAGCUAUCCGCCCACAACCCGUACCUGGAUCCGCUCGUUCAGAAUCUCCGCCAGGUGCAUGAGCCCGGAAAGCGUGCGAAUAUAUCUCCGUUUCCACUCUGCUACCUCAUGCCCGCCUUCCGGACUGGCUUCUACUCCUACGGCGGGUCGCUGACCCACCCUCCGUUCUACGAGGGAACCGAGUGGUUCAUUUUUCCCGAGACGCUGGCCGUCAGUGACUUCCAGCUGCGCCACUUCCGACAGCUGCUGGGCACCGACGGUGUCACCCCCAUCACUAGGAACGCCCGUCCCGUCCAGCCCCUGGGCAAUCGAAGCAUCAACCUAAACUGCUUCUGUCCUUUCGAUGCCAAACAGCUGAAAGUCAAGCCGCCAGUCAAGCCGCCAGUCCAGCAGCAGCAGCAGCAACAGCCGCAGUCGGAGGAAGUGCAGCAGGAUGAGCCCGUGAAGCAGGAGCAGGAUCAAGAUCAGCAGAGUGUCGCACCUUUGGUGGCUUCUGAGGAAGAGGGCGAGCUGCUGGAGUCGAUGAAAACAACCACCGUCAUAACCAGCAACUCCAGGGACAUCUGCAUGAGCACAUUUAUGCGCAAGGAGCAGCCACAGCAGGACUACAGCACUACAGCCAUUGUCCUCCAUAGCGACUCCACGGCCAGUGACAUGUGCGCCCCCCAGCCGGAGCAGGCUGCUCAAGAUGAUUUCAUGAACGGCGAGGACAGCCCCGCAAGCGAAGGCCAGGCCAGCUGCAAUGCCGAUGCCAAUUGCGACGUGGGCGAUGGCGUCAACAUUGGGGUCCACGGCCACCCCGAACUGAUCUGAGUAGGGGAAUGGGCGUUUAAUUAUUGUUCAGUUUGUUUUUGUUUUUAUCACGCGGAACCGGAUACGCAGACGGGACACAGCCUGGACCCAAGGCCAGUUGCUCUUUGUCCUGAGAACUAAUUGAACUGCGCGUGUAUGGAUUAAAGAGUUGCGUUUAUAUUUGUGAA